AACACACUCACACAUACACAGACUACAGCUAAUGAAUAUUCAUGACUUCGUUGCUGCUGCUGCUGCUGAUUUUCGCUCGUAAUUAUUAACUUGCAGUUUCUUCUGUCCAUCACUUGGAACUCAUCCAUUGAAUGAAACGGAUUUAGCAGAUUCUGUAACACUAUGGGUGCCAAAGUUUCUAGGACAGAUUUUGAGUGGUCUUACACCCAAGAACCACAUGCUUCACGGAGAAAAGCAAUAAUGGAGAAACAUCCUGAAGUGAAAAAGCUGUUUGGGCCAGAUCCGAAUCUAAAGUUCAUAGUCUUAUGUAUGGUGAUCAUACAGAUGAUAUCAAUGUAUUUUGUUAAGGAUAUGGACUGGGUGUAUAUAAUAAUAUUUGCCUACUGUUUUGGUGGUGUCAUUAAUCAUUCAAUGUCUUUAGCUAUUCAUGAAAUUGCUCAUAAUUUGGCUUUCGGAACAAAGUACCCACUAGCAAACAGAGCUUUGGGAAUAUUUGGCAACUUACCUCUUGGAGUACCUGUCUCAAUCACUUUUAAAAAAUACCACCUGGAACAUCAUCGAUUUCAAGGAGAGGAUGACAUAGAUGUAGAUAUUCCUACCUAUUUCGAAGCUAAGUUCUUUAACAGAACAUUUACCAAAUUUCUCUGGGUGGUUUUACAGCCAUUGUUUUACACAAUACGGCCGUUUUUCAUUCGUCCUAAGUCUUUUGAACUUUUGGAACUAAUCAAUAUAUUUGUACAGUUUAGCUUUGAUGCUGUAGUGUUUUAUUUUCUGGGUAUAAAACCUAUUGUGUACAUGAUUGCUGGAACUCUUUUGGCAACUGGGCUCCACCCAAUGGCUGGGCAUUUUAUAUCUGAGCAUUACAUGAUCAAGAAAGGAUAUGAAACCUACUCCUAUUAUGGCUGUCUCAACGCAAUCACCUUCAAUGUUGGUUUCCACAAUGAGCACCACGACUUCCCUUAUGUUGCUGGAAGUAAAUUGCCUGCGCUCCGUAAAAUGGCACCAGAGUUUUAUGACAACCUACCAUGUCACACCUCUUGGGUGAAAGUGAUUUACGAUUUCAUAUUUGAUCCUGAUAUUGGACCGUAUUCAAGAAUAAAGCGUUCUACAAAACCUUUCAAAUCUUCCAAGUAAUUAGGAAUGCUGUGCUGGUUUUUUUUUUUUUUGGUUUUCAUUUUUUUACCAUUGAAAAAUAUAUUAAAAAUUUGUUUAAAUUUUUAA